AAAUUAAUUUGAUUAUUUCAGUGACAAAACUCCAAAGGGUCAAGCACCUACGUUUUUGAAAAAAAUCGGUGACAUUGAAGUGUAUGAAGGCAUGAAAGCAAGAUUCACUGGUUGUGCGACUGGCUACCCUGAACCUGAAGUUGAGUGGUUCCUCAAUGGAGAUCGAAUUUAUCCAAAUGACCGAACACAGAUAGAAGCCGAACCUAAUGGUUUGCUUCGCCUCACAAUACAUAACUGUACACAGGCUGAUGUUGGAAAAUAUACUUGCCGAAUUUACAACACGCAUGGAGAAGAUAUAUGCCAUGCUGAAUUGGUUUAUGACACGUUUGAACCAAGAAAUAAGACGGCAAUAGGUGAUCUUUAUUCAGACUUUGAUAAAUAUAAGAAAACUGGAGCUCCAACUCCAUUGGCCGACCGUCCAAUCAUUACAAAAAUGUCGGAUCGUCGUCUGACGCUUUGUUGGAAACCAUCAGUUUCCGUAGCACCUCGUAUUCCAGUGACCUAUCAAGUAGAGAUGUUGGAAUUACCAGAAGGUGAUUGGGUUACUGUACGAACAGGAGUUCGUAGCUGUACAUGCGAAGUACGCAAUUUGGUGCCUUUCAAAGAUUAUCGUUUCCGCAUUCGUGUUGAAAAUCAAUACGGCGUAAGUGACCCAAGCCCAUAUGUACAGACUUAUCGCCACAAAUUGGAGCCACCAGCACCACAUGUUUACACAUACUUGGACUCAAAUACUGACUUUAGACCAGAUCAAUCACCAUACUUUCCGAAAGAUUUUGACAUUGAACGUCCACCUCAUGAUGGCUACGCACAAGCUCCAGUGUUCUUACGUCGCGAACAUGACAUUACGUAUGGAACAAAGAAUCAUAAUGUGGACUUAAUGUGGUUUGUUUACGGUUAUCCAAAACCGAAAAUGACCUACUAUUUCAAUGAUCAAAUUAUUGAACCGGGUGGCCGUUUCGACUUUAGCUAUACACGCAAUGGCCAAGCGACUUUGUUUGUCAACAAGUAA